CAAGUUUGGUGUAAUGUGGUGACCAGUUAACCAAUUACAGAUUUGUACAACGUAUUAUGCAGUUCUCCAGCAAAUUCUUCUCUUUAUGUAUACAUUCACAUAUCUCGGAGCAAAAAGGUAGAAAUAGACUCCUCUCCACAAUGCCUCGGAUGCUAAAACGAAAGAGUACUGCCACUGGAUAAGUUCCUUUUGUUGUUUCAUGUCGAGUAGCUAGCCUGAAAUAGGAUCAAAGCAGUCUGGCAUAAUGUGCAGUUUCAAAACAGUCUGAGAGGCAGAAAACUGGGGUCAACAGAACUGGAGCUGCUUCCCAGACUGCUCAGGAUGCUAGCUACUCGACAUGAAAUAAAAGGAACACACGUACUAGUAAUUUGCUGCUGCUGCUGCUGUAAUUAUCACUGUAAUUAUCCUUACACGGACUACGCGAACCCAACAGGUGGUUAUCGCUGUCUCCGUUAUCCGCCUAACAUCUCACUCCUGUAGGAAACAAUCAUCAAUUCUGAACUGGGUGAUUAGUUGAUCUUCCGCUGAUUGGUUCAACACCUGCAGGUCAACCCUAGAGAGAUUGUUAUUUUAAGUAAACGAACCAUCCAUGAAAAAAGGAGGGAGCACCUAAGAAAUAAUUUAGAGGCCAACGACCUGCUGGUGUAGGGGCCUUGCUGGAGAUGCUCUAAGAAAACAAAUGACUAAUCCUUCCAUGCAACGCCAUAUUAUAUGCUGGUGUAGUGCUACUAGUAGCUGUUGCUUCCUCUGCUAAAAAUGUAACCGAUUCAUCAACCAUAAGAUAGACACAACUUGCCUCACCCGUUGACCUCCUAACCACGCUCCUCAGCCUUACUUGGCAGUCCCAUCUAUAUCUCGAGCAGCUAAUCUCUGAUCUCCUUUCUUGACGUGGUAUCUCUGGCGACUCCAUUUUUCAAUGUGGCUGAACAAGAAGUGGUUGUUGAUUUCUGUCAAGGCUUGAGAUCGAGCCAGCUUGCAUUUGGUUACGGAAAUCUUGGGUGCAUUGUUGGCCGGGGGAUCUCGAUUUGUGCUGCGCUGCUCUCCUGUCCUGCAGAUCGGCCGAGCCAACUACAGGUCUUGUUUACCUGGCAUCACAGCAGCGAUGGGCUAGCCGGCUGUGGGCAUCCAGGAGCUGGUGUCCUUCAAGUCAGUGUGCCAGGACCAAUUCACCUGCUCGUCCAUGGUAAACAGAGUUGAGUUUAGAAAGAUGUAAAUGCUACCAAAUAGAUGGAACAGAUCCAGAUGUAUUAAGUCUGAACGUGCGGCACAAACCAAAGGUUAGGUGAGGUGAUGGAGACUGUGGUGAGCGCCUCCCAGGGUGCCGUGCAUAUCAUGUUGAGGAAGCUCAGCAGCGUCCUGGCCACCAAAUAUGCGCUUCUCAGGGGCGUUCGCGGGGAGAUCCAGGAGCUCAAGGACGAGCUCGAGAGCAUGACCGCCUGCCUCCAUGACCUUGCGGAUAGCGAUGAUCACAACGAACAGACUAGGACUUGGAUGAAGCAAGUGAGGGAGGUCGCGUUCGAUGUGGAGGACUGUAUGGACAGGUUCUGCCGUCACCUUAGUGAGCACCAUGGAGACCGUCAAGGACUCCUGGAAUAUCUGAACAGGAUGUUCAACUUGGUGCGGACAUUAAGGGUGCGGCACAAGGUGGCCACCGAUGUCCAGGGCCUCAAAUCUCGUGCCCAGAAAGUGAGUGACCGGAGGCUCAGGUACACGUACACUCUAGGCGACUCGGCUGGACGGUCAGGGAAAGCGCUUGAUACUUCAUACAGCCACCUCGAUAACCUGGGCAGUUCGCUGGCAGCAAUCCAUGGUGACGUGUCGGGGCUAGUCGGGAUGGGCAAAAUGACUGAUGUCGUGGUCGGGCUGCUCAACAAGCAACGCCAGAUGGCGACGGGUCCCCGAGUCCUAUCCAUAGUGGGCUUCGGUGGCCUCGGCAAGACCACCCUCGCUACGACCGCCUACAACACCCCAAAGUUGGGCGGCAUCCAGUGCCGCGCUUUCAUUCCGGUGUCUCAGACAUACAACAUCCGUUCUCUUCUCGAGUCCAUGCUGAAGCAGCUUUUGGCUUCAGCUGACAAAGAUAAAAACGAUGAUCCCCUCAAGAACAUUAAAGACUGGAAAAUAAACGAUUUAGUUGACAAGAUUAAGCCAAUUUUGGAUGCCAAGAGGUACUUGAUCGUUCUGGACGACGUUUGGCGAGCAGCUACAUGGGAUCAGAUAAAUUUAGCUAUUCUUCAUGACAUUAAUAAUAAAAAUGGCAGCAUAAUAAUUACUACACGCAGUCAUGAGGUAGCAAAAAAUUGCUGUGCCUCUUCCAAUGACCAUGUCUAUGAAAUGGAGCGGUUACAGGAGGCUGAUUCAAAGAAGCUAUUCUUCAAGACGGUGUUUGAGUCUGGGAAAUGUCCAACUGACCUGUUGAAAGUCUCCAAGGCCAUAUUGGCAAGGUGCAAGGGUCUGCCUCUAGCUAUAGUGAGCAUAGGACGAAUGCUAGCUCGGAGGCUAAACAAGACACCGGCAGAGUGGCAAACAGUAUGUGAUAGGCUGGGUUCUGAACUGGAGAUAAACCCCACUUUAGAGGGAAUGAGAAGGAUACUUGCUCUCAGCUACAAUGAUCUGCCGUACCAUCUGAAAGCAUGUUUCUUAUACUUGUGUGCUUUCCCCGAGGAUUUUGAGAUCAGAGGAGGCUCUCUGAUUAGACGGUGGGCAGCUGAAGGCUUAAUCAUUGGUAUGUAUGGCCGCAGUUUGGAAGAGGUUGCUCAGAUUUAUUUGGACGAGUUUGUCAGUAGAAACAUCAUCAGCCCUGAACAGAUUGGCUGCAGUGGCAAGAUUAAGAGUUAUAAAGUCCACGACAUAAUGCUAGAAGUUAUCAUCGCCAAAUCUGUCAAGGAAAAUUUCAUCUCGUUCCUAGGGAGCAGUCAAUACAACAUAACAGCAGGCCAUGAUAAGGUACGAAGGCUCUCCAUCCAUCCUGGUGGUGCCAAGGAGAAGAUAACUUUUCCCUGUAAGAACAUGGUCCAUACCCGUUCACUGACAAUUCUGCACAGCACUGAGAAACCUGUACCUAUCAAAUUUUCUGAUUUGACUCUUUUAAGAGUUUUAGAUCUUGAAGGAUGUGGAUGGUUAAGCCAUAAAGAUCUCAAGGACAUUUGCAAACUGUCUCUGCUGAGAUACCUCAGCCUUAGAAACACAGCCAUACCUCAACUACCAAAUUCCAUAGGGAAACUUAAAGAAUUGGUGACAUUGGAUGUAAGGGAAACUAAGGUCGUCCAAUUUCCCAAAGGCAUUACUCGGCUCCAGAAUCUAAAUCAUCUACUUGUAGGCAGUUAUGCAUAUUAUACAAGGACACAGAGUGUCAAGCAUUUUGUGUGGAAUGAUGGAGCAAAGGUACCUCUGGGAUUAGGGAAUAAGGGUGCCCUCCAGAGAAUCUCUCAUGUGGACAUCUCUACAGAAAAAAGCUCCGAUGCAAUGCGUGAGCUGGGAAAAUUGCGUCAGUUAACAAGACUUUGUGUAAUCAACAGGAAGGAAGCAAAGCUUUGGAAACCAUUUGCUGAGUCUUUGGAUGAGCUUAGCAACUCUCUACGCUAUCUGAUGGUUGUGGACGGUUCAGAGCAAGUCAAGAAGCUGAAAUUUUUAGCAGGCCUGAAGAAUCCCCCUCUGUUGCUGGAGAGCCUGCACUUGGUGGGACGGCUAAGGAAUCUGCCUCGCUGGGUUUCAUCACUCAAUAACUUGGCCAGUCUGUCGCUUCGAGAGACUCACCAGUUGGCUGAGGAAUCUUUUGAGGUUCUAGCGAAGCUCCCCAGUCUUGUUUCUCUCAAGCUAUACUGCAAGGGAUAUGCGGGGAGGGCCUUAUUUGAAGACGGCUGGUUUCCCCGGCUGAAGCAAUUGGUCGUAGAUAAUCUGGAACAGCUCGAGGAGCUCAGCUUCCUUGGGGGUGCACCUAAUCUUGAGAGGCUCACAUUGUAUUUCCCGAGGGUGCCCAGUAGAGGCAUUCAUGGGAUUGGAAGAGAAAAACUGCCGCAGCUAAGAGAAGUUGAGUUCUUUGGCAACAUUAUAGAGUCUAUAUUUGAGCAGGUAGUUGAGGCGGCCAAAGAAUAUCCAAAUCAUCUGAAAAUCACCAGGGAGGAUCGACCUACUAUUGAAGCUGCAGAAGCACCCAUCCAGGGCGGGAAGCAACUUGAGAUCGAGCCAUCUUGCAUUUGGUUGUUGAAAUCUUAUUUACCUGCAGAUCGACCGAGCCAACUACAGUUCUUAUUUACCUGGCAUCGCAGCAGCUUAACAUCUCACUCCUAUAAGAAACAAUCAUCAGUGCUGAACUGGGUGAUUAGUUUAUCUCUGCUGAUUGGUUCAGCACCUGCAGGUCCAGACCACUCAAACCAAAGGACGGGCAAGGUGAUGGAGGCCGUGGUGAGCGCCUCCCAUGGCGCCGUGCAUAUCCUGUUGGGGAAGCUCGGCAACGUCCUUGCCACCAAAUACGCACUUCUCAGUGGCGUUCGCGGGGAGAUCCAGGAGCUCAAGGACGAGCUCGAGAGCAUGACCGCCUGCCUCCUCGAGCUCGCGGAUGGCGAUGAUCACAACGAACAAACUAGGACUUGGAUGAAACAAGUGAGGGAAGUCGCGUUCGAUGUGGAGGACUGUAUGGACAGGUUCUGCCAUCACCUCAGCGAGCACCAUGGAGACCGUAAAGGACUCCUCGAAUACCUCCAUAGGAUGUUCAACAUGGUGCGGACAUUGAGGGUGCGGCACACAGUAGCCACCGAUAUCCAGGGCCUCAAAUCUCGUGCCCAGAAAGUGAGCGAAAGGAGGCGCAGGUAUGAUCUAGGCGAGUCGGCAGGACGGUCAAGCAAAGCGCUUGAUUCUUCUUCGUACAGCCACCAUGACAAUCUGGACCGCUGGCUGCCAGCAAUCUAUGGUGACGGGUCUGGGCUAAUUGGGAUGGGCAACAUGACUCAUGCCGUGGUGAGGCUGCUCAGUGAGAAACGCCAGGCGGCGGCAGGUCCCCGAGUGCUGUCCAUAGUGGGUUUCGGUGGCCUCGGCAAGACCACCCUCGCCACGACCAUCUACAACACUCCAAAGUUGGGUGGCAUCCAGUGCCGCGCUUUCAUUCCGGUGUCCCAGACAUACGAUUUCCGUUCUCUUCUCGAGUCCGUGCUGAAGCAGCUUUCGACUUUGGCUGACAGUGAUAAAGAUGACGAUCCCCUCCGGAACAUUAAAAAAUGGACCAUAAGCGACUUGGUUGACAAGAUCAAACAAUGUUUGAAGCGUAAGAGGUACCUGAUCGUUCUGGAUGACGUUUGGCAAGCAGCUGCAUGGGAUCAGCUAAAGGUAGCUUUUCCUCAUGAUAAUGGUGAAGAGGGCAGCAUAUUAAUUACUACACGCAGUCACGAGGUGGCAAAAAAUUGCUGCACCUCUCCCAAUGAUCCUGUCUAUGAAAUGAAGCGGUUACAGAUGGAUGAUUCACAGCAGCUAUUCUUCAAGACGGUCUUUGAGUCAGGGAAAUGUCCGAACGACCUGCUGAAAGUCUCCAAUGCCAUUUUGGCAAGGUGUAACGGUCUACCUCUAGCUAUAGUGAGCAUAGGACGAAUGCUAGCUCGGAGGCAAAACAAGACAUCGGCAGAAUGGCAAACAGUAUGUGAUAGGUUGGGUUCUGAACUAGAGACAAACCCCACUUUAGAGGGAAUGAGACGGAUACUUUCUCUCAGCUACAAUGAUCUGCCAUACCAUCUGAAAGCAUGUUUCUUAUACCUGUGUGCUUUCCCAGAGGAUUUUGUGAUCAGAAGAGGCUCUCUGAUUAGACGGUGGGCAGCCGAAGGCUUGAUCAUUGGAAUGUAUGGCCGCAGUAUGGAAGAGAUUGCUCAGAUUUAUUUGGACGAGUUUGUGAGUAGAAGCAUCGUCAUCCCUGGACAGAUUGGCAGCAGUGGCAAUAUUAGGAGUUGUAAAGUCCACGACAUAAUGUUAGAAGUCAUCAUCGCCAAAUCUGUCAAGGAAAAUUUUAUCUCAUUCCUAGGGAGCAGCCAAUACAACACAACAGCAGGCCAUGACAAGGUACGACGGCUCUCCAUCCAUCCUGGUGGCGGCAAGGAGAAGAGAACAUUUUCCAGUAAAAACAUAGUUCAUACCCGUUCACUGUCAAUUCUGGGCAGCACUGAGAAACCUGUACCCAUCAAAUUUGCUGAUUUGACACUUUUAAGGCUUUUAGAUCUUGAAGGAUGUGGAUGGUUAAGAGAUGAAGAUGUGAAGGACAUUUGCAAACUGCCUCUGUUGAGAUACCUAAGCCUUAGAAACACUGCCAUAUCCCAACUACCAAAUGCAAUAGGGAAACUUAAAGAAUUGGUGACAUUGGAUGUAAGGGAAACUUCUAUUGGCGAAUUUCCCAAAGGCAUUACUCAGCUCCAAAAUCUGAAUCAUCUGCUUGUAGGCCGUUAUCAAUAUUACACAAGGACACGAAGUGUCAAGCAUUUAAAGGGUCAAGGAGCGAAGCUACCACAUGGAUUAGGAAAUAUGGGUGCCCUCCAGAGAAUCUCCCAUGCAGAUAUCUCUACAGAGAAAAGCUCCCGUGCAAUGCGUGAGCUAGGAAAAUUGUGUCAGUUAACCAGAUUGUGUGCAAUCAACAAGGGGGAAUCAAAGUUGUGGGAACCCUUUGCCGCUUCUUUGAAUGAGCUUAGCAACUCUCUUCGCUAUCUAUCGGUUGUGCACAAUAGUACACCCACAGGCCAGGAGCUGGAAUUUUUAGUAGGCCUAAGGAAUCCCCCUCUGUUUCUGCAGAGCCUACAUUUGAUGGGACGGCUAUCAAAGCUGCCUACAUGGGUUUCGUCGCUCAACAACUUGGCCAGUCUGUCGCUUCGAGAGAACUUCCACUUGGCUGAGGAAUCCUUUGAAAUUCUGGCGAAGCUUCCCAGUCUUGUAUCUCUCAAGCUAUACAGCAAGGGAUAUGUGGGGAAUGCCUUAUGUUUUGAAGAGGGCGGGUUUCCCCGGCUGAAGCAACUGGUCGUGGAUAAUAUGGAUGAGCUUGAGGAGCUCAGCUUCCGCGGGGGUGCGGCUAACCUUGAGAGGCUAACAUUGGCUUUCAUGAGGGUGCUCAGUAGAGGUAUUAAUGGCAUUGGAAAAGAAAACCUACCACAGCUAAGAGAAGUUGAGUUCUUCAGUGGCGUUAUAGAUUCUAUAUUCUGUAAGGUGUUUGAGGCGGCCAAAGAAUAUAAAAUUCGUCCGAAAGUCACCAGGGACGAUCGACCUACUAUAGAAGCCGCACAAGCAUCCGCCCAGCAAGUGAACGACACCGCAGGGGCGAGGAGCAGUGAGCAGGAGUCAACCGACCAGCAGGUGGAUAGGCCUGCAGAUGACGAGGCAGCGCCAGCUUGGCGUCUACUGCCUUCUACGUGUCCUCUCGCUUAUAUACUGUAAUGUGUAAUAACUGCAUCCUCUGUAUUUUCUGAACUUAGGUUAAACGAUCAAUUGUUGCGCCAGGUUUUUCGUCCCAUAGGUUGUAUUAUUACUUGUAUUAUUACAAGUGGUAGUACAACCAGUGGGUUUUCCUGGCGUGCAUCGAACUCGAAUGCCUAUUUUGUUUUAUUUUGUACAUGCAUUGUUUUGGUUGUGCUGGUAAUGGAAUCUGGGUGUUGCCUAGUUAAACAGAAAGGUGUCCUUCAGUCCAGUUA